AGUUUUGCCAUCCGAUACAUUAGGUUCAACACAACUUUGGCAUUGGUGGAUAAAUUAACAAACGUACGUUUCCUUUGAGUUCCAUGGAAUAUAUAUAAUAUGAAAAAGAAGAAAACUAAACUCGUACAUAGGUUACGGUGCUAAAGUUAUUUUUGUUUAAAUCCUGCAUUAUUAAGCUAUUUGCAACAGAACUGGAGCUAAACAUUGAUUUCAUGUAAAACUACAUUUAUAAAAGCAAUAUCAUUUCAGAGUUUUAAAAGUGUUCAUCAAAAACAUCAUUACAGGAGCAGAAAUUGUUUGAUAUUGAAAAAAACAAUGAAUUGCUUUUUAAGGUAAUUUUUUUGUCAAUACAUUUCAUUCACAGCCAUUUGUAUUACAUGUAUUCAUCAAGUCACUUUCGUUUCUUCUGUUUAAUGGUAAAAGGCCAAUUAAUUAUCUGUUUUCCAAUACUCCCAUUUAAAGCUACGUAAUUAGAUAUAUUUGUCCAGUUAACUUUAUGUAAAAAAAACACUUUAUUAAGUGGUUGUCAACAUUAAUAUAACAAUAGCGAAUAAAUAACAUUAAUGAUCAAUUCAAUGGAACUUUAAUUAAGUGGAACCUUCCUUUUACCAUGAACGAAAACAAUAUAUAGUAUAAUCAUAAAUGACAUUUCUUUAAACGUUAUAAAAGCCGUCGGUUGUGAACUUGGAAUGAAUGUCAUGCAUUAUUGUGCAAGUGUGAUCGGUUUAUAUUUCGUUCUUCUUUUUGCUAUCACGUGCCAUGUCUCAGGAGGGCAAGUUUCCAAACAGUUUAAAAAGCAGGAAACACCAGAGGGCGCUCUUCAGUUGACUGGUUAUAUAAAGAGACAACCUGUGACAAGACUGAAACAAUGCGCCGGUCAAUGCACACACGACGAUGCCUGUUUUGAUUUUUACUACAUCUCGGAAGAGAACAUUUGUCUGUUACGUGAUGUCAAUGAGCAAAAUGUCUAUAGUAUUCAAGCUUCACAGGCAGUGCACUACGAACACAUUACUGGUGUAUACCUCGAGUGCCCGGUAAAUAAUGGAGGAUGGGCAAAGGCAAGACUUCAAGACGGAGCCCUUUACUUAUUCAGGUUGUUCACCAGUACUGCUGUUUCACAGGCACAAGCUGUAGAGUACUGUCAGUCUAUUGGUUCAUAUCCGUUGAGAAUACUCACUGCCGAAAAGAUGGAUUUUGUGCAAAAUAACUUGACACACUGUUUAGGAGUUAGUGGACAGAACUUCUGGGUGGAUGGAACUAACGCUGAAGCUGCAAAUUACUCCGCGUCAGACACUUACACCACGACGGAAAAUCAAAUAGUUCCAGUUAAUACAAAUGUAUUAUGGGGGAGUAGUAAAGGGCCGAAUGACAAUGCAAAUGAACCACGCUGUAUUUGGAUAGCAAAUCGAUUUUCCUAUUAUUUCGAUGACGUUCCUUGUACAUUUUCAGGGGUUAAAUAUAUCUGUGAAAAACAACUAGUCUAAUGAGAACUUUGAAUUUGUUAUUUUCUUUGUACGUGACUACAGGUAAAUUUUAAUUUUACAAAGUCAUGUCUGUAAUGCAAUCUACUUUGUGGCUUAAUGUUAGUAAUAUCUGUCAUGUGUUUAUAAAUUGGAUAGAACAAUCUGUUCAGAGGGCACCUGUGCAUAGGGCGGUAACGAGGCCGAGUUACCGCCCAAGCGUAGGUGACCGAGGAACACAUAUUUCUAUGCUUUUCUAUUCUAAACACAUGACUUAUAUUUCUUUCUUGUAUAUCGUAUAUAUAUAAGCUUUUUAUUCUGAAAGAUUAUUUUCCUUGCAUACAACUUAUUUUACAAUUAAUAGAAUAAAUAAAGCAAAUAGAAAUGCUUUCUGUAGCACUCUAUCUUAUGGUAGAGUAUGUACACAAAAGCGCGGGAAAUCAACGUUCGUAAGCAGAUGUGACUUCAUGACGUAUCCAUGACGCACAAUCACAAAUUUCCACUUCUAUUUUAUCGUUUGUAGCGUGGCGAUAUUUUCUUACCGUAAGAUAACGUAUUUUGAAUCGAGAAAUAUACUAUAAGGAACGGAAAGAAACUAUCAAGAAACCUGAUUGCUUUUCGUAUUUCACAUAAACAAUAUAAUAUAAUCAAUGCUUGAAUCGCUAGCAGCUAACAGCACGAGAGUCAUCUGGCCAGAUGCGUAUUGUCGGCAUGGGUAAAAUCACCGGAAACGCCAGUCAGGUGUGCAAGAAACGUCCAUAAUAUCCAGAGCACGUUUUGGCCAGUGCGGUUUUCAGAUUUCGCGUUUUGGUUAACCACUCUCGAUUUUUCAAAAAUUGAUUGUGCAGACCCUGGACAUCGUAUAGAAUAUUAUCUAACUGAGGAAAUGAGUUGUCACUAGAAACAAGAAAGUCAUUGAAUUAUUUUCCAGUUUUAUCGUUGUUUCUUUCUUUAAAAUCAUAACGUAUCAACUCACAUGAUCACUUUCGGUCAGUCAAACUCUUACAACGUCAUUGAGCAUUCCGAACCGUAUGAUACAGAAAUCAUAAAACCAUGCUGACCAUAUUUUUCUUAGAAAGCUUCAUAUGUAUACUUAAAUGUGGACUGUAAUCCAUUUGACCCAGAUUACAAUAAACAUCAAUCUGUUUUAAAAUAGUUCUUUUUUGCCAAAAUAAACAAACCACACAGUUAUGUCAGCGACCGGGAACAGCAAGUACCGAAUACCAGCGUUAGACUUUCUUUUGAUAAUGCUAUACAUGUACAGACACUUUAGAUACAUGUUGAAGGUGUACAGCUGAAAUAAGCAGGGCUACUGUCAGGCUAAUAUAGAUAAGUAACCGAAGGAUUCCACUUUAUAAACUUUAUUGCCCCUGAGAAAAAAGACCACUUUUGCUUCACCGCCAACUAAACCAUGGUAAAAUCUACAAUAUGACAAUUUUUCACUCAACAUCAGUAACCAUAGCUGCACCGUUCACUAAACUAUUGCGAUAUUUACAGGGGCUUGUAUUCAACAUCAACAAUCAUUUUUGAAACAUCUACAGAAAAAAGUCAGGCAAAAUAACAUAACGUACGUAGCAGUAUACACACCUUAACUUGACCUAGAUUUCUUCCAUUCUGAUCAAAAACCAGAUUUUGAUAAACGUAAAUACCUCGCUUGUCAUUAAAACUGUCAAAGCACCAAAGAAAAAGCAAUUACCAUGGAAACAUCCCUUGUAUGAGACAAAUGACUCCAAAUCAACAGAAGCGAUCCAUGAACAACAUUACUGAGAAGUAAUGGAACGCUGGUCAUCCAUUUCUGUUAUUAUGUAGAUGUAGAUGUACACUUCCUUGUUCAUCAUGUGAAGUGUAUAAAAAAAGAAACAAACAUAUAUUAUUGUUUUGCUUUAGACAUUUCAGACAAAAGUGAAGACAUACACCAAAUCUGAAAACAGUGUUCUGUAUGCAUAGUCUUCCAUCUAUAUAUAAUCAUGGCAACCUGAAAACCUGCAAAAAUAAAACAUGUAAAUGUCUCACUUGCGAUCAAAGCCAUCAGGGCAAUUUUUAAACAUUCAUUUCCGUGGCAACAUCAUUUUAUGAUGCUUUCAACGAAUAUUU